AUGUUGCGAGGCGAAGUUCGUCCAGUUGACCCACACGCGCAACUCCCCCUUCCCUCUUUCAAUGCGAAACUAACACGCGUGACGAACUUGAAGGAUAUAUACCUUACGUGGAUUGUUUCUGGACUUUACGUGCAGUUCUAUCUGCGGAACUACAGACCGAGAAUCUUCAAAGAUUACUCAUAUCUGGUCACCGGUGCAUUUGAUGGUGCCAGUUUGACCGUUCUCUUCAUCCUUUCAUUUGCGGUAUUUGGCGCCGGAGGUCCAAGUCGCCCUUUCCCAUCCUGGUGGGGGAAUAAUGUAAAUGGGAAUUACGAUUGGUGCCCGACUUCAGAAUAG